AGGUGCGUGUUUUUCUCACUCGUUUGGUGCGCGUGCCGGCCAACGAUUUCUCUCGUUUCAACUUUUUCGUUUAAUUGUGAUGAGAACUGAGACUCCAUAGAUACUACUACUAGAAGUAUUUUUGAUUCUCUCUCUCUCUCUCUCUGUGGCAAUGGAGAGUGGACUCCUCAACUCUCUCUUGCAGCAAACACUUAGAAGCCUAUGUUCGUGUUCAAAUUCUUCCAGUUCCUCUAAGUGGGUGUACGCUGUUUUCUGGAGGAUACUGCCUCGGAAUUUCCCACCUCCUAAAUGGGAAUGUGAAGGGGGCGCUCUUGAUCGCUCCAAAGGAAACAAAAGGAACUGGAUUCUAGUGUGGGAAGAUGGGUUCUGUGAUUUCUUUGAAUGUGAGCGAACCGGCAGUGGUUACAGAAAGGGGAGGUUUGGGGCUGAUGUCUUCUUCAAAAUGUCUCAUGAGGUGUACAAUUUUGGAGAAGGAUUACUGGGGAAAGUUGCAGCAGAUAAUAGUCACAAAUGGGUGUUUAAAAAUGCCCCAAAUGAUGGUGAUCCUAGCUUUAUCUCCUCGUGGAAUGUCUCCAUUGAUCCUCAACCAAGAGCAUGGGAGUUUCACUUCAAUUCAGGCAUUCAGACAAUUGCAGUCAUUUCUGUUAGAGAAGGCAUAGUUCAACUUGGCUCAUUUGAUAAGAUUGUGGAAGAUCUCGAUCUGGUGAUCAGCAUACAGAGGAAGUUCUGCUAUCUCCAAAGCAUUCCAGGGAUCUUCGCCAUCCAAAGACCAAACCUUCCUAUCCAACAUCCAUACGUUCUCAAACCCAAUGCCCAUAUGAUAGAAAGCCAUGAAACAACUCUCUCAUUGUACAACAAUCGCCCAUUAACCGGAGUGAAGAGACUGUUGGAGGAAAAACCUGACUAUUCUCCCUUAAAGUCGAUCAACUUGGGCUGGAACACUCCACAAAACAGCAUUUCAGGACCAUCCAUUUCGCCUACUAUGUCUUGCUGCCUUGGAGCACUGCUUACAAAGCUACCUACUGUAAAUCCCUCUCUUAAAGCCAUCGAAGCUCCAGACACAGCCCUGCUGGGCAACAACAUCAACAGCGCGAACCAGAGAGUUCAGUUUGACAAUGAUGGCAUUCAGAUAACCGACAUAAAACAGGAGUCUUCGUGUCAUAUGGAUGGUGCUCAAGAAGAAAAACCCUUUUCCAUAAACCAUAAUUUAGAGCUAGGAAAUGGUUUGGUGAUGGAGUUGGGAUUUAGACCACCAACAGAGGAAGAAAGUGCCUCAAAUCGCAAUUAAUUAGCAUACCCAAGUUGCAUUUAUUGUCAGGAAAAGAUUACUUAGCUUUGGUCUGCUGGUCGGUAGCUGGCUCCUUGUCAUUUGAUUGUGCACCAGUUUGCUUUUUGUGCAUAAAACUUAGUAUAAAUGUAACACAAUAAGUCCAUAAACCCCUUCAAAUUGAAUACCAUUUUGUCUACAUUGUUUGCGCAAGUGACAAGAGCAUGCAAUGAUUGAUUUAAUGUCAUGCUUAAUUGCAAUCACAUGGAUAUUCCUGAAACCCUUAUGUUUUGUGUUGUCAUGACUGUUAACAAUGGUAAGACAAUGCUAUUAUUGUCCUCAUUGAUGGAUCGAGCGGAGUGGCAAAUGUCGUGGUGGGGUUUGAGUCCCAUUAUCUAUCCUGUUGGAGAGGAAUAGUCCACCACAAGGGGGCUGGUCCCCGGAAACAAAAUGAGAGAAGCAAAGCAGACAGAUAUAUUGAGACUAGAUGAAGUUUGUAUGCGUCCUUUAGCAUCUCUCCCCCAACACAUUGGAUGGUCCCCAGCUCUUCUAUUUGAUUCUUUUUUCUUUUCUUUUCUUUUUCUCUUUCUGUUAGUGAUAUUUAAGUCUCUGGUUUUGUUGUGUAGCAUCAAUGUGGCUCCAUUAGUUUAUAUGGAUUGAGACAUGUUAUA